AUGAGCACCCAGACACAAACAGAAACAAUCGUGCUCCAAUCAAGAGCGUCACACGAAGCAACCCCAGCCGAGCAUGAGCUUGAGAAUGAGCAUGAGAAUGAGCAUGAGAUCCUCCAACACUCACCCCCAGUCCCAAAAUGGCUAUACUUCAAAGUCCUCAGCGCAGCCCUCUCCUUCUUCGUCGCCGGCAUCAACGACGGAAGUCUAGGCUCAAUAAUACCCUACGUGAUACGCACAUAUAACAUCGGAACAGACAUGGUAGCAGUCGUCUACGCAACAACCUUCCUGGGCUGGCUAAUCGCCGCGCUAACAAACAGCCCAAUAACCAAAAACCUAAACCUAGGCCCAAUCCUAACCCUAGGCGCAUCCCUCCAAGUGCUAGCACACAUCCUCCGCGUCUGGGAACCGCCAUUCCCACUGUACUGCGUAACCUUCUUCCUAGCCAGCCUGGGCCAAGCCUACAACGACACGCACGCAAACACCUUCAUCUCCGCCCUGCCCAGCGCACACCGCUACCUCGGCUUCAUCCACGCCAUGUACAUGGCCGGAUGUCUGGUAGGACCGUUUGUGGCGACGGCUGUGGCGUCGGCGAAUGCCGAGCCGAAGUGGGCUCUUUUCUAUCUGUUUCCUGUUGGGGUCGGGGUGUUGAAUUUGGUGUCUGUGGCUGCGGCGUUUAGGGAUCGUAUGGUUAGGUCGCCUGUGGUCAGGGGAGAGGGUGGGGAGAGGUCUGCGUUGAGGGAGAUUAGGGAUACGCUUUCGACGCCCGGGGUUUGGUUGGUUAGUUUGUUUUUCUUUUUCUUUCUUGGGGCGGCUAUUACUGCUAGUGGCUGGAUGGUCGAAUACCUGGUCGUCGUCCGCAACGGCAAUGUCAAGGAAAUGGGCUACAUACCGGCCGGUUACUUCGGCGGAGGCUUUUUAGGACGUCUCAUCCUCGCUGAGCCAACACAUAGACUCGGCGAGCGCCGUAUGAUCUUCAUCUAUGCUGUGCUGUGUGUGGGACUACAAUUGGUAUUCUGGCUCGUGCCAAAUAUCAUUACUGAGGCAGUAGCAGUCAGUUUACUGGGCUUCUUCUCGGGUCCUUUCUUUGCAACAGGCAUAUCGGUAGGGACCAAGAUCUUUGCGCCAGAGAUCCGGUCUUCGGCAAUUGCUUUCGUCUUUGUACUCGGACAAAUCGGUGGAUCGGUCUUCCCUGCUUUGACGGGUAUUAUAGCAGGGAAGGUAGGUGUUCAGGUACUGCAGCCUAUGCUUGUUGGGUUGCUUGGAGCCGCAGGUGUGAGUUGGUUGAUGUUGCCCAAGGAUGUUGCGCUGCAUCGGGAUUGA